AUGGCUGCAAGAGUCAAAAUGUGGAUGAUGAUGAAGGCUAGGGGAAUCAGUGUCCAUCACAGCAUCCCUAACCCCACUGUGACCUGUAACCUGAAAACCCAGGGGUUCCCUGUCCACCCAACACCCCCAGCCUCCUGCCCACACUCCCUGUCUGCACUGCCUGGCCCCACCAACUGGCCCAUCCUAGGAAGCCUGGUGGACAUCCUGAGGAAAGGAGGACUGAAGAGGCAACACCAAGCACUGGCUGGGUACCACAAGCAGUUUGGGAAGAUAUUCCGCAUGAAGCUCGGUUCCUUUGACUCGGUCCACAUCGGGGCCCCCUGCCUGCUGGAAGCUCUGUUCAGAGAAGAAAGUAAUUAUCCCAAGAGGCUGGAGAUCAAGCCAUGGAAGGCUUACAGAGACUACCGGGACGAAGCCUAUGGACUCCUGAUCCUAGAAGGUAAAGACUGGCAGAGGGUCCGCAGCGCCUUCCAGCAAAAACUGAUGAAGCCGUCAGAAGUUGGGAAAUUAGACAUGAAACUCAACGAGGUCAUGGAGGAUUUUAUCCAGAGACUUGACAGCGUCUGUACAGAGGAAGGAAGGAUCGCUGAUUUGUAUUGUGAGCUGAACAAGUGGUCGCUUGAGAGUAUCUGCCUUGUCCUCUAUGAAAAGAGAUUUGGAUUUUUACAGCCCAAUCUCGGAGAGGAGGCUCUGGACUUCAUCACAGCCAUAACAACCAUGAUGAGCACAUUUGGGUUGAUGAUGGUGACGCCGGUGGAAUUUCAUAGAAGCUUAAACACAAAGAUUUGGAAAGAUCACACCGAGGCCUGGGACAGUAUCUUCAAAACAGCCAAGUGUCACAUAGACAGGAGACUGACGAAGCUGUCCUCUAAGGACAAUGAAGAUUUCCUCUGCACCAUCUACAAGGACAGCAAACUCACCAAGAAGGAGAUGUACGCCACCAUCACUGAGAUGUUGAUAGGAGCUGUGGAGACAACCGCUAACAGUUUACUCUGGGCCAUAUUUAAUAUUUCCCGUCAUCAGACUAUUCAAAGGAAACUUUAUGACGAGAUUCAGAGCAUCUUAUCCCCAGACCAAGUGCCAGCAGCGGAAGACAUCAGGAAUAUGCCAUAUCUGAAGGCGUGCUUAAAGGAAUCCAUGAGGAUAAGCCCUUCUGUUCCAUUCACAACCCGCACUCUGGAUAAAGAGACUGUCCUGGGAGAAUAUGUUUUACCCAAAGGAACCGUCCUGACCAUCAACAACCACGUGCUAGGAUCCAGUGAAGAAUAUUUUGAUGACUGGAGUGAGUUUCGCCCGGAGAGGUGGCUACAGGACAAGAACACAAUCAACCCUUUUGCCUAUGUCCCGUUUGGUAUCGGGAAGAGGAUGUGCAUCGGCCGACGCCUGGCAGAACUGCAGCUGCAGCUUAGUCUUUGCUGGCUUGUUAGGAGGUACAAUAUUGUAGCCACUGAUGAUAAACCCGUGGAGACAUUUCACUCGGGGACACUGAAGCCCAGCAGAGAUCUCCCCGUGGCGUUUCUCCAGAGAUAGAAAGAGGUGUCUGUCUUCCCAGCUGUGAAUGAUGCACAAAGAUGAACAAACUGAUCAAUACUGGUUCCUGCUGCUACACCCUCUGGCACCAGUAUUUAAUGACGGCACAGUCCACAAUCCUUGAACCGCUCAGAUAAGAUGAGAUGCAGUUAUUUACGCUCAACCGUGCAGUCAAAUCUAUGAAAUCUGCAAAGGUCAGGGUCACAACCGGCAGAAUGUAGACCCGGGGACGGCGCACGGUGUAUUUACAGAGCGUUUACAUCCAUAUCUCAUAUUGUGCUAUAAGUAGGUCAAGGUUUCAUCCUUGAUAAAAAGGCAGCAAGACUCAAAAUCUGCACAUAGCAGCACAAUUCAGAGGAUCGGCGUGGCAGACAAUUGCACUACGAGUUGCUGGAUGAGGAGUAGAACGUUUCAUUUUUCUGUCUAAAGGAAAAUUUUUGGUCCUGAAAAAUCUAGGUAACAAACAUUAGGACCUUCAUUUAAGGUCCCACCGUUAUGUUGUAGUUCGUCAUGUUGUAUAUAUAGCACAGUAUAUAGUUUGCCUUUCAGGAGUCCUGGAAAGCUGGGUAUCAUCCCAAUAGCAGCUUUAGUAAAGGUCAUAUUAAAUAGGCACAUAUGGGGUUAUUUAUUAAGACCCUGCCUCCUUUCUUUAGACCUGGCAUGAGACGAAAAAAGUUGCAGAUUCGGCCGCAAAUGACCCCCAUAAAGUCUGUGCAACGCCCAUAUUUCACCUAUCAAUAAGGUAGGGACCAGCUUGAGAACAUGACUUUUUGCUACCAAAAAGUGCAAAGUGCCACACCACAAAGUGUCUAUAGCCAGCCCUUUCCAAAGUCAGAAGUGCCCCCAUAAACCUUCCCCAACCCUCAAAGCGAAAAGGCACUGCAAGGGUCGGAGAUGGAUAGUCUCCCUUUGUUGAAGUCUAGAGAGGACCUCUCUUGCUCCUGGCUUCGACUUGGGCAUCUACACCAGUGUCUAUCAGGAGCCAAAGUCUAGGUCUUGACUCCACUCAAAGGGGGAUCCAAAAGGGUUGCAGUGGGUGAGGAAACUAAUAGCCAGACACACCCCCCCCCCUAGAUCUUAUAGCUUUGAUUCAGAGAGUCUGCCUUUCGGCUAAGAUCAAGUGUAGUAUCUAUUGUGAUCAGUACCUAUGACCGGAGAUGCUGAGAGAGAAUGUGUACACUAAUGAACAGGUGGCAUUAGCUUCUGGGUGCAGGUUGGCCAAUCUGGCUAUCUGUAGGUGAUGCAGACCCUCUCUAAAUUCAUUACUCAUGAGGGAGGCACAAAGUAUCUCCUAACUAAAAGUGAUGAGUCUGUACUGUAUCUAUAUCCUUUGAAUUGCCAAAAAUUGCCACCUCCCUUUGACUUUAAAGUUUCUAAAAUCUUCCCAAAAAUUGAUCCU